AUGAAUUGCCCCUCGCGGACAGAUGAUACAAUCACGCACCCAAGGUGGAACCAGAAUCCAGCACCCUUUAAUCCCGACACCACCACUCGGAAUGACUUCAAUGGCAUCGCAAACUCACGUGUGCAUCGUAAGAAUGCCACCGGGGUAGGCGGGGCAGUGGGUGAAGAUACGUUAUCGAUAGCUUCAGGUCCCAGACCGCUGAGCCCGGAGUCGGAUCCAGGGAGCGAGAAGGUCCCGGACGGUGGAGUGACCGCUGUUGCCUCGGGGUGUGAACCACCCACGAGAGCCAGCGGAUCGCCUCGCCGUCCGUUCAAGAAUUAUAUUUCCUCUUCUGCUCAACACUGUGCACAAAGUCUCGUCAAGUUUGCCCGUUUUAUCGGUCCUGGCUUUCUCAUUGCGGUCGCCUAUAUCGAUCCCGGUAACUACGCCACCGACGUUUCUGCCGGUGCACAAUUCAAAUAUGCUUUGCUGUUCAUUGUCUUGCUUUCCAAUCUUUUUGCCAUUUUGUUACAGUCGCUUUGUGUGAAACUUGGUUCUGUCACUGGACUUAAUCUCGCUGAGAACUGUCGUGAACAUCUUCCACGGUGGAUGGUUUAUAUCCUCUACGUUUUUGCGGAAGCAGCCAUCGUUGCCACUGAUAUUGCAGAGGUUAUCGGUUCAGCAAUUGCAUUGAAUUUACUUUUAAACAUCCCACUGGUGGCAGGUUGUGCUAUCACGCUGGUCGAUGUCUUCUUUUUACUCAUCUUUUGGCGCCCUGAUGGGUCCAUGUGGGGACUGCGUCUCUUCGAGUUCUUCGUCAUGGGCCUAGUUCUGGCAGUUGUCAUUUGCUUCUGUAUCCAGCUGUCUUUGAUCCAAGACCAAUCCGUUGGAGAGGUUUUCCGAGGCUAUCUGCCCUCGUCGGCAAUCGUCCAGUCAGAAGGUCUCUAUCAAAGCUGUGGUAUCCUCGGAGCCACUGUUAUGCCGCACUCGCUCUUCCUUGGUAGCGGUGUCGUCCAAUCCCGCCUGAAAGAAUUCGAUGUGACUUCCGGGUAUGUCGAAUCGUCUGUCCCAUUGGGGAGCAAUGGUGGCGAGGUCGAAUAUCGACCCUCUAUCCAUGCUAUUCGCGGCUGCUUGAAGUAUUCGAUCAUCGAGCUGGUCGUAUGUCUCUUUACAUUUGCCCUCUUUGUGAAUAGCGCCAUUCUCAUUGUCGCUGGAGCAUCUCUAUAUGACGUUCCGGGUGGGGCUGACGCCGAUCUUUUCGGCAUUCACGACCUUCUCUCUUCCUCGAUCGCACCCGCCGCCGGUCUGGUCUUUGCCUUGGCACUUCUUCUGUCUGGAAUAUCUGCUGGCAUUGUUUGCACCAUGGCCGGCCAGAUGGUUAGCGAGGGAAUGCUCAACUGGAGCAUCAAGCCCUGGAUGCGCAGAGUUAUCACUCGUUCGAUUAGUAUCAUUCCUAGCAUCAUCAUUGCUGCCGCUGUUGGUAAAGAGGGUUUGGACAAAACAUUGACAGCCAGUCAGGUUGUCCUCAGCGUUAUUUUGCCAUUCGUUUCUGCGCCUCUUAUUUGGCUAACUUGUUUCAACAAGUAUAUGACCGUCCGAACUGAAGAAGCCGAUGACGACGAUGGAAGUGUCACAGUCGAAGAAGUCAAGAUGCGGAACAGCAUUUUCACCUCUAUCCUCGCCGUGCUUGUGUGGCUUCUUAUUGCCGUUAUGAAUGUUGCACUUUUGGUUCUGGUUGGAAUGGGCAAGGCAUCUUAA